UUUUUCACUCCUCGGCUGUCGUUUUGUAGAAGGCAAGCAGAAAAUUUUGUUUUAGAAAGUUCUCAAUGAAAAAUUUACCAGUAAAAGGUGUUCAAGGUUACUGUUGUAGCAAGACGUUUAUCGUAGAUAUUGUUUCUUAGAUGUUGUAUGUCUAAAAGUACCUGUUCUGUGAAUAGAGAUUCUUCUACGCUGCAAGCGAAAAGCAAAACGGACUAGCAAUUUAACUAAAAACCAAAGCCGAGCAAAAUAGACUUAGCACCCAGCAGUUAUUGGUUGCAGAAGAAUUGGUAAAGUUAAUUCACAAUUGCUCGUAUUGGGAUGCCUCCGUAUCGUUAUCCCACGCAGAACUUUACCUAUGUAAGUUCGUGCGUAAAAUACAUGAUCUUUUUGCUGAAUUUUGUAUUUUGGCUGUUUGGAGGAUUAUUAAUCGGAAUCGGAUUUUAUGCUUUUAUCGACAAAUGGCAAGCUACGGGAUUAAUCAAGCUGGAAACGUUUUACGAUAUUGUGUUAAAUAUUUCGCUGGUAAUGAUCAUUGCUGGAGGAAUCGUGUUCAUCGUCAGCUUCGCUGGAUGUUUAGGAGCAUUAAGAGAGAAUACUUGCCUGCUUAAGUUCUAUUCGCUGUGUCUUUUAAUGUUUUUCCUGUGCGAAAUGGCUGUGGCUAUCGUAGGAUUUGUGUUUCCACAUAAGAUGAAUAUUGUUUUGGAAGAGCGAUUCACUGAUAAGAUUAUCACAACAUACCGUGAUGAUCCAGAUCUUCAAAACCUGAUAGAUUUCGCCCAGCAAGAGUUCCACUGUUGUGGACUAAGCAAUGACGGUUACUUGGACUGGGGCAAGAAUGAAUAUUUCAACUGUUCUUCACCGAGUGUUGAAAAGUGUGGAGUUCCGUAUAGCUGUUGCAUCAAUGCUACUGAUAUUUCUUCCGGUUUGGUUAACAUUAUGUGUGGCUAUCAUAUUCAGCAACAGUCAGUGGCUGCGGCAAGUAAGAAAAUCUGGACAAGCGGAUGUAUCGAAAUCGUUCGUGUCUGGGCUGAACGAAAUCUCUAUCUGAUAGCAGGAAUAGCGCUGGGAGCUGCUCUUAGUCAGCUGUUUGUAAUUUACUUGGCCAAAACACUGGAAGGUCAAAUUGAUCUGCAAAAAAGUCGCUGGUCGUCGUGAGCUUACGUGGGCUGGGGCGGUGGACGGGCAGUUUAAGCGCGAAGAUAAUGAAUGGACUGAUUUGAUUACCGACUGGACUCCGCCAAUAAAUGUGUAUUGAAAUGAAGUGCAUGAUCUGGUAGAAAUUUUGUUUUUAGACGUACGAUUGUUGGGAGGCUGGACAGAAAACGUACGUUAUCUAUCGGUGACCAGCACCUAACAUUGAAAUGAAGACUUGGCUGAAGAAAGCUGAAAAUAUCAGCAGUAAGUGUUCCCUGUGUAUAUCCAUUAGAAUCUGCGUUUAAUUUUAUGGUAUAGCGAAUAUGCAACAACAACAACCACAACAAAGACACACAAAACGUUCACAUUUCACAAAUAGAUAUCAAAACAUGUUAACUCCGAGCAACUAGCCCUAAAAACGAUGCAUUUCACUAAUCGCAGCGUAUGAAUACUCUGACUUAUGUUGCUGUUUCGAUUUUUACCAUUAGAAUUCUCUAGGGUUCUCAAUUUGAUUAGAAUAAAAUGACUGAUUUUUAUAUACGAAUCUGCAAUUUUCAUACUACCGCGUUAUUCUCCGGGCAAUGCGAAGCAACAUUACUGCUAGCUACCGCAUGUGUUCUGAUGCAUUGGAGGACUCAAUUAUUCACUUAAGUUUCGUUGAUAUCGACACUAGUUUAAAUCAUUACUAAAUGGAGAAGUAUGCCGUAGAACAAAUAUUCGCGUUUACAAAUGAAGCGCCUGCUACAGAAUUUUGAAUCUUUAUAUUCGAUAUUUUCACUGGUUUUGAUCUUGAACUGUAAUUACAUCUGCAUUUAUGUAAGUUUAGAGCGAACAGACUUGUUCUAAUAUCUCUUUAUUUUUAAACUUUUAAUUGCUCAACAUUCCGGAAAAUUAACAGCUUGAUCAAUAUAUAGUCAGAAGGUGUGAACCUUCUUGCUGAACAAGCGGGUUUUAAAAGAGUCAGUAUGUUAAAAAAAUGAUUCAGUCACGAUAUCUACAUCUUGGUGGUUAUGCAUUAAAUCAAAAACAUUGAUGGAAUGUUUUUGGUUAAAUGCAAAGCAUUAAAAGAUUAAAAGUUAGUUUUUCGAACUAUUAGCAGUAAUGUUGCUUACUAAUGUUGUGAACAUUCUCGAUCGAAAAUUUUAGUAUUAUCUCAUGAGUUUACUAAAGACGUGUUAUUCUGCAUUGAACUUUAUGUGCAAUAACAACCAUUUUACGUCACUUCUAUUGUUGACAGGCAAAGACCAUGCCCGAACCUUCUCAUUCUAUGUCAAAUUUUAUAAUAUACCGUGGUUCAUCAUUAAACUGAUGAAAUCUCAUAGAUUUUAUAUUGAUCAGACUUAUCUAUUUUUAACGUCCCACCAUCUGCUCUAGUUGCAAACGUGUUACGAAUAAAGAUGUUCUUUGCAUGGAUAUAGGAAGUUGAUCUACGCUCAGGCAUUUAGUAGAUCAAACGAGCAAAAGAAUAUCUUAUUAACUAAGUGAAAAUCAAACAAUAGAAGUAUUAAACUAUGUCAUUAUUUGUAAUGCUCAAAGAAAACAGGUAGAGUUGCGGACGAACCAAUAUAAAUAUCUAUCAACUUGGAUAAAUAAAACA